AUCAAAAGCGGAGAACUAACUCGACGACACCAAGACAGUUGAAGUGAUUAUUAUUAUUUUAAAGUAUUAUUAUUAUUCAUUGUUGGUACGAGUAUCUCCGGCCUGUUUGGAUAUCUCUCGGAGUGAAAUUUGCAAUCAGCAAUGGAUAAACUAACGACGGAUGAACUGCUGAAGAGUUUGUUUGAUGUGGAAAAGCUAGGAGAUGAAAUCAUCGCAGAUCGCCACCGCAUCGUGGACAUGGACCGUAUUCGGAAUAAGAACCGAGAAGCUCUUGGGCAGUUAAAGCGCCCCAGUGAACUGACAUCUAGAGAGCAACAUGUGUGGAUGAAUAUUGGAGAUAUGUUCAUCAGGACCAGCAAAACAAACCUGGUGACAAUCCUCGAAGAAGAUCAGAAAUAUCUGGACUCUGAAAUUAGUACGAUUCGAACGAAACUGAAGCCGAAAGUAUUUGAAAUAAGCAGGUCACUUGGUAAACCCGAGAUGAAGGGAUUUGAUUUGCAACCCCUCACGAAGGAAGAAAUGGAUGGCGUUCGACAAAUCGCAGGCCUACCGCCUACUUGAUAAUUGCCUUCUUAAAAUGUGAACAGCGAAACUGCUGUAGCAUUGUGCCUGUGUCUUUGUUUUCCAGAAAUUAAAUAUAUUUUCUUUAUGAUGUUUUAUGGCUUAAAUGUACUAAAGCACAACCAUGAAAUGUUGUACCGGGUCCGGGUGAUUUUUAAAGAGCCAAGCGAAACAAAAUUACAAAAGCUAUCUCUUGAAUCCUUGAUAUUUGUCGUUUGCAAAACAGCCGUGGUUGAAGUGGUGACAACAACAAG